CCGAAGAGAGUCCCAGAGAUGGGAACCGUGUAAGCAGAACAAUGGAGGAGUGGUACCAGCUUCCUGCAGAAGAGGACAGCAGUCAGCUGCCACCUCAGGACCUCUCUCAGCAUAAUGCCUCCUAUGGUCAGACUGGGGGAGGGGCUUGGGUCCUGCAUCACCCCAGUGACCAGUCCCAGUCAACGCAGCUAGAAUUCCAGGACAGUCAGCUGUCUCCAGCACUUACUCUCUUGCCAGCCAAGACUGGCAAGUUUUAUACCUUCUCGAAUUCCACUCUCAUGCAGCAGACGGAUCUUGAGUUUGCUCCUCUGAGGGGGUCCCCUGACUUCUCAGUCCUCUCUGAGAGACUCUCCAUGAUGCCUUUGGUUGGAGGUGCUACAGGUUUUGGCGCACCGUCUGUGGCUCAUAGCACCACAUUAGGCCAUGCAUCCCUUUCGCAGCAUCCUCUGGGAGAGGAUGAGGGAAGCAGCUGUUCUCUCUCCCAGCACAGCCUGUCUCCGGGCGAACGCCACCAGGUUACGCCAGGACGUGAGUUUGAGAGAGACAGCGCAGAGGACCAAGGCUACGAGAGGCGAGGAGAGGGAGAGGAGGAGGGCGAGGAGAGGAGCGCUCCACGUGGGAGAGAGGAGGACGAUGACGACGGCUCGUUUCUGAACAGCAGCGUUCCGGCACGCACCUUGCUUGAGCUCCUGGAGAAGGAUGUGGGUGUGGUCAGCAGCAGCAGUGCCGUUUCCUCCGCCUCCGAAACCUUUUUUAGCCAACCAGAACUCAUCCUCAAACAGACUGACGCCAUUCACAACCAAUCGGGGCUCAGUCGGACCAGAGCAGACUUUGCUGACCAUCAGACGGUGCCGGUGAAUCAACACAGAGACUCGGGCCUAUUUCAGAUGGGCCCCUCUGCGUCCUCUCUUGUGCGGUCUGCCGAAAGCGCCAUCUUUCGGGGGUCCAGCUCAAGUGGCAGCACAGAGGAGGAACCUUCCAGAAACCCACCUGGAGUCCGAGAGUGCCCUCAGGGAGACGCGUCGGCCUCCCCUCAACCCACUCCAGCGCCUGCGACGCGCGUGGACCGACGGGCAAAUCGCUCGUCCUCUUCCUCCUCUCAGCUGUUCGACACCUCCAGCCUCAGCGUCUCUGGCCGCACGGCCGACGUCUCCAACAUCACCUUUCGCUCUUCGAGCAGCAGGCCGGACGCCUCCACCGACGCCCUGCGCGCGCAGCUGUUGUCCGAGAGUUGCGCGGCGGCCUCCAGGAGCGCCCACGCCGGCCCAGGGGAGCGAUCUCCGCCCGAGCUGAGCAGCAGGUCGGCCAGGCUGGCGCUCCAGGGGGCGGCCGGCUUCUCUGUCGAGCGGGGCCACCGCGAGAGGAUCCUCUGGCAGUCCGGCAACCAGACGGGGGUGGACUCGUCGUUCCUGACGUCGCAGCCGGCCUUCCAGUCCACGCCGUCCGUUGCUGUGAUGGCGCCCAACCGGGCGAGGGGAGUUCUGCUGGCCGGUGCUGGCACGUCCUACUCACAGUCGCCGGUGCUGCCGACGGACACGUCAAUCUCGUCCCACCCCAGGAUGACCGAAGCGCCACCUGUAGGCGCGGCUGAGGUCGGCACGUCGCAGGGGUCACAGGGGUCGAGAGGGUCGCGAGGGUCGCUGACGGGAGGCGAGGUGGGCAGCCUGCCCAGUCUGAGCUACGUGCAGAAGGUGGACGCGUGGAGAGCCAACCAGAGCAGCAACAGGGCCUUCAGUGACGAGCUGGAGCUGCAGGGACCCGCGGAGGACGACCAGCAGGCCGAUGCUAACGUCAACGCGAGCGUUACUGCCGAGCCAGCUCCAGGGAAUCACCCCUACUCACCCUUCCACCAGCCCAGGGAGGACUCUGGAGCUGAGGGCAGUGCCGGAGGGGAGGUUGGGCCCACAGGUGUAGGCGCAGCAGCUGCAGCAGGAGGAGGUGGAGGAGGAGGAGGUGGUGUAGCAGGUGUUGUGUCUCCUCCAGGACGUUCCCACUCCCACUCUUCGUCCCUGGCAACUGUGGUCACCUCCAUCCAGCACCAUGCCGCGGCGCACAAUGACGUCACGAGCGCCCCGCAGUCGGCCCGUGGCGAAGAGUCAGUCACCAGGGAGGAAGUGGGGCCACAGGGGAGAGCUGAGCCGUCCAGUCAGAACGGCCAGAGGUCAAGCGCCAUCAACAUGGGCCACUUCAGCGACGUGUCAUCAAGCCGCGACACAGGCCGCAGCCUCUCCAGCCCACAGGGUAGUUUCCAAGGCGAGGGAAGUGUUAGGGCAUCUUUUGGAGGGGCCUCAUCAGUGGUCAGUCUGGAGGUGGACAACUACGCUCCAUACUGGACCUCAAUGCCUUCCACUCCCAACAGAGAGAGAGAGCUGAACAUCGAGGAUAGGAUCCCGGUUUACCUUAAAAACCUGGGAAUCAACCAAUCACCUUCCACAAUACUGACCCCGUUUGCUCCUAGAGGACCAAUUAGAGAGCCAGAAUUUUCUCCUACUGACUUGUGUACCAUCAAAGGUUCUACAGGCACUCCUACCAAGAGCACUCAGCCGUCUGAAGGUGAGAGUCCUGAUAAAGCCGAGUUCUCGCAGCUCUCUCAAGGCUCCAGCGGCUCGCUGUCCCUCAGCACGGGCCGGCCCAUAAUCCACCUCUCCGACCAGGACCGGCCGCCCAGUCAGGGCAGCAUACGGAUGACGAGGAGUUCUUCUCACACGCCACCGGAAUCCCCCGGCGCGUCGGCUGCCCCUCUCCCGUCCCUGGCGCCAACCCACCAGAUGCCCUCUGCAUUGGGGCAGGAGCCGGCCGCAGCACCUCCCCUCCAGCCUCCCCAGCCCAGAGAGGAGGCCUCAGGCCCCCAAGAGGCACAGAGGAGUCCCAGGCGGGAGCAGCCACAGCAGCAGCAGGGGGAGGAUUGGCUGGUGGGCUCUAGGACCCUGCAGGAGAUCCGGCAGCUGCUGGGCCGGGCGGAGAGUGUGCUCUCCCUCAGGUCCUCCCUGACCACCUCGUCGGGCUCCGACUCCUCGCUGCUCCAGUCGCUGCGGAGGAAGAUGGAGGAGCCCGGCUUCGCCGACGACACGUUCGGCUCCUCGCCGCUCUGGGCGCGCUCCUCGUCCGACUCCAUGCUGAGGGACAGCUCCGUCGCGUCCUCCGAGCCGAGCAGGACGCUCGGGGCGACCGCUCAGGCGCCCGCCGACCUCUCCCGUGCGCCCGGAAUCCGGGACGCAGGACUCAAGUCCCACGCGGUCAGGAGAGCCGAGCCCGAAGGCUGCAGCGCCACUGACCCUGACAGGGUGGCUCCCGCAGGUCUGCCCGUCGCGCAGGCCCCUGCCCCGACUCCUCAGGAACAGGAAGAGGAGGAGGAGGAAGAAGAAGAAGAAGAGGAGGAGGCGGCAGCGAGCUCAUCGAUUGGUCCGGAAGAGCCCAGCCCCGCCCCAAGUCACGCGGGGGUGGAGCUGGCCAGCGUGAGCGACAGCAGCGAGGUCAGCGAAGGGUCGCUGAGCGCCAGGGUUGCUAGGCUGCUGCACGAAGAGUCACCCGUGUCCAUGGUGACCAGCAGGGCCAGCACAACGGAUGCAGAUGAGAGCAGAGCGAGAGAGUGGAUUUUGCUGAAGGCGUCUGGCCAGAGGUGUGAAACGCUGCACCUGAACACAGAGGACAGGCAGAGGGUGGAGGAGAUCAAGAGAGAGCUACUGCAGCACACCAAGUCCCAGUACAGUACGGACUCUGAUGGCAGCGCUCCUUCUAGCGUCGGGGCGACGUCGGCCCCCGUUGCCGCCACCUCUCAGCGCAUGGAGGGCUUCCUGGCGGUGCGCACUGCCGAGGAGCGGCUGUCGGACCAGCUGCAGCGCGCCGGCCGGAACCUUCUGGAGUCCAGCCGAGUCACUCUCGGCUCGGUGGCGGCGGCGGCCAGCCCGGGCCUGGAGGCCCGCGUGCAGGAGAUCGCUCAGAGGGAGGGCGUCCCGCUCGCACCUCCGGCCUCGUCCCGCUCGCUCUCGCCGCUCACUUCCAUCACCAUAGCGACGGCCCGCCACACUCCGUCCCCGUCCCCGUCGUCUCUGCCCCCCAACAUGACCCCCCAGCAGCAGCAGCAGCAGGCAGAGAGCGCCAGCGUGAGCACGCAGACGCAGACACACACGCUCCGUUUACAAACACACACGCCGCCGCCCUCGGACACGGAGUCGGACAGCAGCGUCUCCAACGCCGAGCCGCACCUGCACAGCGCGCUCAAGGCGUACUCUCUCUCGCAGCACACACACUCACACGCUCACGCUCACGCUCACGCUCACGCUCACGCUCACACACACACGGAUCAGCCCGGGGCUGAAGAGGUCGAGCAGCAGGGCGAGGCGAGCACCAUGGAGACGGGCCAGGUCAACGGUCAGGUGGAUGAGGUCACCGGGGGUUGGGGUCACCAGUCACCCCUGGCCCCGCGCCACUCGUCCACACACCUGCGCCUGACCCUCUCCCCCAAACCCAGACCGGUGCAGAACGGCUUGGACAGACCCCACCAUGGGGCGGGCCCUGUGGAGCUGGACCAGAACAACGCGGUGAGAUCGGCCCAGACUGCCCAGACCUUAUCCGGAAACUGGACCGAUGGGCCCUCGCUCGUAGCCCAGUCUUUCCCACAAGAGGACUCGAUUAGGCUGACCAAUCAGGAAGUCCUCAGAAACGAGACUCCGAACCCCAAACUGGCCUCCGCAGCAAUCAAUCCAGUGACGGAACCGCUAAGACCCACCCCCGAGCCCUCGGUGUCCAGUCAGACACUCUCUGAGGAGCAGGGGCCAAUCAAAAGCCAGUUUUUGCCACAAAAAGCCACAGGCCCGACCUCUGUCCAGAUCAGCUCCAGCACUAGAUACCCACAAUCCUUCACUCCGCCCCAGAGACUGACACAGCCUUCACCACGACCCCUGUCGGUUUAUGCACCUGUUCCGCUACCAACUCUGUUGCCGUACAAACCUCACGGCAGCUCUGAGCUCUUCUACAUCCCCAAGACGGACACCCAGCUCUCCCCCAACCGCUCGGACACCACCGUAGAGAGUUCACACACAGGCUCAGAUGAUGCCGUUCCCCCACGCUUCACUGUAGACAUCCUGGGAUCCAGAGACCUGGAGCCUGUUCCAGCCUUACCCAAACACACAGAGGGCAUCUACAGCAAGAACAGAGGCUCUAGUGGAUAUGAGCGCGCCGGCCCUGUGGGGGAGCAGGGGGUUGGUGUGACCAUCACAGGCAGGAAGAGGGAGGAGGAGGAGGAGGAGGAGGAGGAAGAGGUGAUGGGAGAGCGUGAAGGGGAGGAAGAGUUCAGGCCGCUGCCCAUGGAGAUGGACUUCAGCAUGGACAGCCUGAGGCUCCACACCAGCACGCUGCGGACCCUCCCCCCACCGCACCACGCACCUGCUAACCUGCGCCAGAGCCAGCCAAUCGCGCCGCCCCACCGGAGGGGAGGGGAAGAGCGCGCCCACAGGGAGCAGCAGCAGACGUCCCAAGAGAUUGGCGGCUCCCUGGACCAACUGUGGCAGCGCUUCAGCGAGAGCUGGAGCCGGGACCAGAGCCGCUCGGCCAGCGAGAGGGAGACGUCGCUGCUGGAGCGUCUGGAGCGCCUGUCGCGGCUCAUCAACAGCAGCGCGCUGACGCACGGCGCCACCAUCGCACACUCCCCCGCCAAACAGGCCGCGGACGCAUCGGUCAGUACACAGACCCAGGGACAGGGCCAGCCUGUCAGGGUGGACGCCAAGAGAGCAGACAGGGGGAAGAGCAAGAAGAAAGGGAGGAAGGAAAAAGAGCCUGCAGCGGAGGAGAGGAAGAAGGGAGCCAGAGAGGAGAGCGAGAAAAGAGGCAGAACUCCACGACUGGCGUGGGCAGAGUCGGAAACUCAGUCGUCCAGCCAUGCGCCAGAGGAGGAGGAGGAGGAGGGGGACGAGCCGGAGAGACUCGGGCGCUGCCCGGCGGAGAGAGACAGCAUCUCCACGGAGACCAGUCUGUCCACCAUCGACACCCAGCGACUGUUGCGGGCGUUCGGGCCAAGCCGGGUGAGGCCGCUGACGUCGCUGAUGUCGGGCGAGAGGGCCCCGGAGAGCCUGCUCAAGCUCUACAGCAACAUCCACAAGCAGCGGAGCACGGCCAACGACUCCUCCACGGUCACUCUGGACUCGUCCUCGAGCGGCUCCUCACUACCUCCUCACCCACGCCCCUCAGGCAAGAGGCCAAAGGUCAAACUCGUCAGCAGAGGCGUGCAGGCAGGUGACCUGGAGAUAGUGAGCAAUGGAACACGGCGUCACACUCGUGACGUGGGCACCACCUUCCCCUCGCCGCACCCCACCCCCUCCAGCCAGGCCCAGCAGCCAGCACCGCCCCCGCAGCACAGCUUCAUGAAGGAGAGGCACAAGAGGAAACAGCCAGAAAGCCAUCCUCCUGGCCCAGCAGUGUCUUGGUUCGUUCCGGCUGAGGAGCUGAAACUCGACUCUCGUAAAGAGAACCGCCCGGACAACAACAGGAACACUCCAGCGGCCGGUCCCACCUGGUUCGAGCACUACAGCAGAACCCAGCCGUGGCGAGAGCCGCUCCGAGAGACACAGAACCAGGACGGGCGAGGGAGAGAACCGCAGAGGGAGAGGGAGAACCGGGAGAACCAAGAGGAACGAGAGCGGCCUCAGAGACAGCAGCAGCAGCAGCAUCAGAGCUGGGUGGACAGGGACAUACUGGCACCUGAGCAGAGGGAGAAGCCUGCGGAGACAAACUACAGUAUGGACACACAUGGCAAACUCUCUGCCCUGGAGCGCCUCUCCCUGCAGGAGGCGCUGGCGUUCCGGCGGCCCGAGUUUGUGUCCCGCUCGCGUGAGCGUCUGAAGCGUCUGUGUCUGCUGAAGGAGGAGCGCCGGAUGCAGGCCCAGUUCAACCUCGAGAGAGAGACGCUCUUCAACCACCCCCAGAUCACACGCAGAUACACCCACAACACCGCAGUGCCUGACCCUCCGGUGAAAAGAGCCGUUCCUAAGAAGGAGAUGUUCCAGAGAUCUAAACAAAUUUACUCUCAGCUGCCUGAGGUGCGCAGGCGUAAGGAGGAGGAGAAGAGGAAAGCUGAAUACCGCUCCUACAGGCUCAAUGCUCAGCUAUUUAACAAGAAAAUCACCAACCGAGUGCUUGGACGAAGGACUCCGUGGCAGUGACAGGCUGAAACAUCACGGACCUCUACAAACUUGAACAAAUAAACAGCUUUCAAAAACACAAACCUAGCCUUUUUGGCACAAGCCCUCCUCACUGGCGGCUGCAAAAGAAGCUAUCUGUUAUCACCAAAGCAAAUUAUUGAUGGUCAGCGGUGCCUCUCUGUUCUCUAUGAUGACCUCAUCCAAGUUCCAUUAGGCCUGCGAGUCUGACCUUGAAACUGUGACUGAGCGUGACUCAGUGGGUGCCUCUCAUUCGCCGUUUAUACGUCCUCCCUCGCUCCUCGGGCCUCGAUCCUCGGGCCUCGAUCCUCGGGCCUCGAUCCUCACUGAUCUACAUAAAGAAAGAUAGAAGAAGGGAUAGACUAUGCCAUUGUUGCGGCCCCAUCAUUGUUUAUGUAGAUCAGUGAGGAGCGAGGAGCAAGGGAGGACGCGUAAACGCUGAAUGGGCGUGACUCCUGACUCCACCACGUCGCCGACCUCGUCUCCGGCGCAUUGCGGUCACACCUGUUUCCUGUGCAGCAACCGUUGGUCGGUUGGUUGGUUGGUUGGCACAUCACAGCUCAACGUCUUUUCUAUGUGUGUCACAAUUUUUUUUACAAGCUCGAAGAUAAUGUGCACUUAACUCUGACACAUCAGAGCAUUAUGAGAAGGCCAAAUCAGCAAGCUAAUUAUCAAAUUGUGCCUGAAUGACUUUUUAUGCCUUUAAGAUAUCUAUGAUUUUAAUGGUGUGAGUACUCUGUAGUAUGUGAAUGGGAACCUAUAGGGACAGGGGCAAAACAUUUUUUUGUUUUUUUACCCAUAUCCCAUUAGCUCCCCAUAUGUUUGUUUGUGUGUGUGCCUUGCCUUUGUGCGUUUGUUUGUUUGUUUGUUUGUUUCACCCUUUCUGCUUUUAAAGUUGAUGAUGUCAGUAUGUAUGGUUGAUGUACUGUAUGUGAUUUUCUGUUUUAUAAAUUCUUGUUUUUAAAACAAAUGCAGGCUUUUGAUAUUAAGAACAAAUAAAUGUUUGUCUGCUCUUUUA